UAAUAUUAUAGUGAUUUAACAUCCUUCCUUUAGUUAUAACCAUACCACUUUAGCUAAGUUGAGAGUUAAGUUGUAUUUUUCAUUUCGCUAUGAAAUUUGCAAUUCCUGAAAUUUCGUGGCACAAUCGUGACCCAGUCCUCAGUGUCGACUUUCAACCCAAAACAGAAGUAAAUGGACCGCUACGUUUGGCUUCCGGUGGAACAGAUAGUCACGUUUUGAUAUGGUACAUCACGCAAACAGAGAAUGGUUCUGUACAUUUAGAAAUUGCAGCAGAUCUAACUAAGCAUCAAAAAGCUAUAAACGUUGUAAGAUGGUCACCAAAUGGCCAGUUGUUAGCUUCAGGAGACGAUGAAUCAAUUAUAUUUGUUUGGAAACAGAAAAUUGAAGAAUGUCCCACACUCUCAGAGGCAGAAGAGCAGUUCAAAGAAUCAUGGGUUGUACACAAGAUUCUUCGUGGUCACAUGGAAGACAUUUUGGACAUUUGCUGGAACAGUACUUCGACACACUUGGCGUCAGGAUCUGUGGACAACAAGUUACUAGUUUGGGAUGUUAACCGGAGCAGCAGGCAGACAGACAUUAUUGACCAUAAGGGCUUUGUACAAGGUGUAGCGUGGGAUCCACAGGGACAGCUCAUAGUAUCAGCAAGUUCAGACAGAGUGUUUCGUGCUAUUGAUGUUGCAACCAAAAAGGUAGUGUCAAGAAGCAGUAAAGCAAUUCUACCAUUUCCAAAAGACCACGCUCUUUAUGAUACUAAAGUCCGCCUUUAUCAUGAUGACACUCUUCAGACAUAUUACAGAAGACUACAGUUCAGUCCAGAUGGUGUUUUAAUUGCAGUGCCCGCUGGAAGAAUAGAACCAGAGCAAGGAAAAUUAGAUUCAAAACCAAUAAAUGCAGUGUAUAUUUAUACCAGAUAUUCAUUAAAGGUGCCAGCAUGUGUGAUCCCGUGCGCGGAGCCGGCAUUGGCUGUGCGAUGGGCGCACCGGCAGUACGCUCCGCGGCCCCGCCCCGCGCCUGCCCUGCGCACCGCGGCGAGGCAGAUACUCGCUGUCGCCACGCGCCGCGCCGUCCUCCUGUAUGAUACGCAGCAACGGCCCCCCAUCGCCCUCAUCUCAGAUAUACAUUACACGAGGUUGACUGAUCUCACGUGGUCGCCGGACGAUCGCUUUUUGGUAGCGUCUAGUACAGACGGCUUUUGCUCUGUUAUCACAUUUGGGGAAGGCGAGCUUGGCACAGUGUUACCAGAGAAAUGCGCAUCUGAACAAGCAGCAGAUAACAAUGCUACAAAUAAUGACAUAUUGAAACCCCAAGUCAAGAAUGGACAUGAUGACACUAAAAAUUCAACCUCAACUACACCAAAAAUUGACUCCUUUAUAAAGUUUAAAGCGCCGACUGAUAAAUCGCCAAAAAAAACGAAAAUAGUGGAACCAAAGAUUAAGACGCCGGUAAAAUUGGACGUACUAGUUGAGACAGCAAUGCAAUCCUGGUCGGAUAACUCCAGCAAUGACGUUGUUAAACCAAAGGAGGUGGAGCCAAUGGAGGUAGAUGAAAAACCUGAUGUAAUGAUCAUAGAAGACAGCGAAGACAUAAAGCUUGUGUAUGAGGAAACAGAAGGUGGCAAAUCUGCUAGUCCUCAAGUAGAGAAGGAUCAACCAUCUUUCGAUAAAGAAAAAGCAAAAACACAGAAAACUUCACCUAAAAGAAAAAUCGUAUCGCCCAAACAAGCCGAAACUCCUACUUCUCAAAGCAACUUUUUGAAGCAAGCGAAAGUGACAGAUAUCAAAGAGCCAGUAACAGUCAAAGCUGCUCCCAGCCCUAAGGCGCCAAGAAGGGUAAGCUUUGUGACACUCUCAAGCCCUAAGAACAAAAAAAAAUGUUGAAGAAAUUGUAAAAUUAAGGGUAAAA